CUUUUAUCAUCAUGAUAACUAACCUCAACUUUCAGUAAUUUAUAUUUUUUAAUAAUAUUGUUAAAUACAUCUUUCGUUUUGAUUGUACUAAGCUAAUUAAACCAACCAGUUACUUUCCAAGACCACAAUGGCCAAAACAAAAUCUACUCCGGGAGCUCCCCGGAAGCAGGGGUUCAACAGGUCUGGCCACAGUAUGAAUCCCGAACGGAAAGCAGAAGGUCUCAAAGGAGUCGCCAAGGUGCGAACCAAAGCCACAAUAAACCGCUUGCAGAUGUAUCGCAACUUCAAAGCUAAAAGAAACAAGGUUGGUAAAAUUAUAAGUCCCGCUCCUUUCCAAGGUAGGCUUCCUCAAGGCACUGUAGCAAGAGUAGAGCCUAACCGCAAAUGGUUUGAAAACUCAAGAGUUAUUGGUCAAAACGCUCUACAAAAAUUCCAAGACGAGCUUGGUAAAGCAAUGAAGAACCCUUAUGAUGUUGUAAUGAAGUCUACCAAACUCCCAAUUACUCUGUUGAAUGAAAAAAGUAAACACGAAAGAGUUCAUAUACUGGAAACUGAAAGUUUUGAGUCAGUUUUUGGUAAGAAAAAGAGACGUAAACGGCCUAACUUACUGGUAAGAGACGAAGAACAUCUUUCUGAAGUUGUGAAUACAGUUACAGAUACAUACAAUGACAGCAAUGAUUUUAACAUUGUAAAAGAAGACACGGGAGAAAGAGAUGUUGCCCGUGAUUGGAUUAUGGAUGCAGGCCAGAGUCGACGAAUUUGGAACGAACUGUACAAGGUUAUUGACUCAUCAGAUGUUGUGAUCAAUGUGCUUGAUGCCAGAGACCCUCAAGGAACAAGGUGCCCUCAAAUUGAAAAGUUCCUAAAAACUGAGAAGCCUCACAAACAUUUGAUUUUUGUCCUUAACAAAGUUGAUCUUGUGCCAACUUGGGUCACUCAACGUUGGGUAGCCAUCUUGAGCUCAGAAUAUCCGACCAUUGCCUAUCAUGCAUCUUUGACCCAUCCCUUUGGAAAAGGAGCUGUAAUAAAUAUACUUCGCCAAUUUUCCAAACUUCACGCUGACAAGAAACAGAUUAGUGUCGGAUUCAUCGGUUACCCAAAUGUUGGCAAGAGCUCUGUGAUAAAUUCUCUCCGUUCAAAGAAGGUUUGUAAAGUUGCACCGAUUGCUGGAGAAACCAAGGUAUGGCAGUACAUCACGCUGAUGCAGAGAAUCUAUCUUAUCGAUUGUCCAGGAGUUGUUUAUGCUACUGGUCAGGCAGAAUCGGACGUAGAUAAAGUGUUGAAGGGAGUCGUAAGGAUAGAAAUGUGUCCGGACCCAGACCAGUACAUAGAUGCUGUUCUUCAGAAAAUACAAAAAGAAUACAUCGUUAGAACAUAUGGAAUUCAAAACUGGACUGACAGUGAAGACUUUUUGACCCAGUUAGCGUCAAAGACCGGUAAACUGCUCAAAGGUGGUGAACCUGACAUUCCCAUUGUUGCAAGGAUGGUGCUGAACGACUGGCAAAGAGGAAAACUUCCAUAUUACACCGCACCAGCAGGGUUUGAAAUACCCAAAUCUAAAUUAGAAGAAAACACAAAAACCACUGUUCAGAACACUCAAGAUUCACAAGAAAACGAUGUUUCGAAGAAAGAAGAAACAAUUGCAGAACCCAGCAAAUCAGAACCUAUAAAUAACGGUGAAGAAUCAGAAAACAAGUCAAACAAAAUAUUAAAACUACCAUCCACAUAUAAGGUAAUACAAGACUUCACCAAAAUCCGAGUUACAACUGACUUCCCUGCCCAAGAAUUGCACAAAGAAGAAACUACUCUCCCUGAAAAGAUUGAAAAGCCACUGAAGAAACGUAAAGCAGAUGAAGAAGAUGAUAGCGAUUCAGACAUUUCCGACCUUCUUAAGGAUGAAGAGGAAGAGAAACCUGAUGAAGAAGACAACGAUGAAAAUCUUAUGAAGAAGAUGUCAAAUCUGACCAGUAAAGAAAAACGAAGUUUGCUGAGGAGAAUUAAACGAAAGAAGACUGGAAGCGACUUUUAUGAAGUUACUAAUGUUAAAAAUAAAAACAGGAACAGGAAAGUGCCUAAAGUUAAAAGGAAAUAAAUGUUUUAUGGUUAACCAUUGUAACUUGAUUCUUUUGUAUACUCUCCGUGAUAUCUUAUAAAUACAUACAAUUAUUUUUUUUAAU